GGGUUGUGGAAGAGCAGUGUCUUGGCAGUCAAGCUCAGGCGACCGGUGCACGGCCAUCGCGGUGCCGAUGGGAAUUGUUUGUGUACAAAACAUCAUUGCAGUACACCAAGCAUGGUCGCAACUCGAGCCAUGGCAGCCAAAAAGGCGCCCGAGAGCGACGACAAUCAACUAGCACUCCGCAAGAAGCCUGUCCGCCGCGCCACAGCAAAGAAAUCAGCUCCGUCCUCUCCUAAAAAGGAUGCCCAAAUCACUGCGGUACCUGUCAAACCAGCAGCAGCACGCCCGAAGCGGCAGACACGUACAGUCACAGCUCCUCCAGCAGCAGAGCCGAUACCCAAGAGAGCUCCUACAACUCGACGAAAGGCUGCUCUCCCUGAGGCUGCCAGAGCAAAGGUCACCAGAUCUAAGAAGACUCAACCUGACCUGGAGCCCGAACUCGAACCAGAACACGACUUUGAAGCACAACUGGAGCCCGAGGUCGAAUCACAACCGACACCCGAGCUCGAAGCACAACCAGAACCGGAGCCUGAAGCACAACUAGAGGCCGAGCCUGAAGCAAAACUAGAGGCCGAAGUUGAAUCACAGCCAGAACCUGAAGUCGAGACACAAUCCGAGGCUGGAACGAAGUCAGAAGGGAAUAAGGAGCAAGAUUCAGAAGAGACACACGAGCCAAUUUCACCUCUGCCAAUGCCUAGCAUCAGAGUCACACGCUCACACGAUGUUCAAACGCCAGCUGAAGAGCCAAGUAAGGAGGCCACAGACAACGAGGACAGUUCGUCCGAGGACGAGAUUUGUGGACCCAAGACACCCAUGCGACGAACUGCCACUGCUACGAGAAGCCAAACAACGUCGCGGAAGAAUGCCUCUACGACAAGCACUCGCAAAUUACACACCCCAGCACGCGACUUGCUCGUCCAUAGAGCCAACCAAGGCACUCCUCAGACACAACGUAUGCCUUUGAGAUCAACCCGCGACUCGUCCCCUGCUCGACCUAUGACUGUAGCUAGAGGCCUGAGCAAGCCCAUGGUCUUCCGUCAGCUGAAGCAACAGUCUCCACAUCAGACGCCAGAGCCAGGAAUUAACGAUAACCUCAGGGAUCCCGAGACAGUCCAGGAAAGGGCACAAGACGAAUCAUCAUCCGAGUCGGAACUGGAGGAGUCAAGCGCUGACGAACUCGACGACCAACUCGACAACAUCCACCACGGUGACAUCUGUAUAAUGCCCACACCCGCUCGCACCAUCCAUUUCGAAAGCGUCGCAUCUGACUCUGAGGAUGAGCUUGCCGCCAAUGCUCAAGUCUCCGAAGAUGAUUACGACCUUGACGAAGAAACUGUUGUGGAAGAGGACAACAAGAAAGAGUCCGACUAUAUCAACGUGGAACCAGAUGAGGCUGAUGAUGCCUCGGAUGACUCGUGCGAUAUCGACGACAGUAUCUUGCCUGAACCUCAUUUCUCAGCAAAUUUCACCACAUCCAUGCCAUCAUCUCCAGCGUCCAUCACUGCAGAACUUCCACAUAUCGAUGUCCAGGAUUCCGAGAUGCUUUCGUCUCCUACUCCCUCUACCCCAUCGUCCAUUGCUCAGCAUGAUCUUGAAGAAGACGUCUCACCUACCAAGCAAAUCACUCCAGUGGCAAGACUCUCUCUCGACGAUCGUGAGCUUCUCUCACUGAUUGAGGAUGAAGGGACGGCCACUCCUGACGUUAAGCCGCGCGUGUCGUUCUCAACAACCACGGCCAAGAUGCUGCAGACUCCCCGCAUGCAAUUUGCUCUGGGAGGGGCUGACACAUCGGAAGUCGAGGAUAGCCCAUCUAUUACUGUGACUGAACCAGCAGAAACUGACGAGACCAUGACUAUCAAUCCUUCGCUUCUAGAGGUCGAUGAAAAUGGUGUCAAACUAGCAUCGAACCUGGAAAAUGCGGCCGCCAUACCCACUCCAUACUUUGCAACGCCUGCAGCUCGUGAGCGCAUGAGCAUGGGUUUCCCUAAAGAGCGCAUGAGUCUCCUCCAGGACGACAUCUUCAACUUUGUUGAUUUCGACCACGUUUCUCCCGUCAAAGAUAACGUCCAGACCCCCACGUUUGAAGAUGCGAGUUAUGAUGCCGAGCCUAUGGAAACGUCAACGCCCGGAUACAACUCCCGUCACCAGUCUCACUGUUCGAGAAGUGUCUCGACGCCGAAUGAUCAGGCAAAAGAGAGACGCAAUUCAUCUGGACUACCAUUGAUAUCGCCAAACUAUGCAAGAUCUACCUUUGCAUUCGAUUCUCGUCGCAAAUCUCUCCCCACUGCUGGGCUACAAACACCACUGCACAGCGAUCUUCGACCUCGUACUGCUGAGACUGCUAUCAAACCAUCUACGAGUGACUCUUUUGCCAAGUUGUGGGCUAGCAAGCAACGCAGGUCGUCUGUGAGGAGGUCGAUUCUCGAUCAUGCGGUUCCAGAACUGGCUGAGAUCCACUCAAUGGUUCCCAAAGAAGAGCAACGAAGCACUGGAAAGCCAGCGUCUCCUUACAUGCCCUUUCCUGGGGCAAAGCCUAGAAGACACACACCAAGUUCUUCCUUCAAGAUCCGAACUAGUGGUCGAAGCCCUCUGAAGAUCCGCAGCACCAGUCGAAGUCCCAUCAAGAUUCGUAGCAGCAGUCGCAGCCCAAUGAAAUUGCGUAACGCUAGCCGUAGUCCGGUGAAGCGUUUACUCGAGGCACCGCGUACACCCAUGAAGACACCACUUAAGGGUCCCUGCCUCGCAACACCAGCUGCCUUUCCUAUGACGCCUCACCCCUUGCAGCCACUGAAAUCUGUGACAGCACUGGUUGAGGUCUUCACACUCGACGGCUCCUCCGCAUCUGGACCCUUCAUAGCACUUCUUCAAGGUCUCGGCGCUCGCACAACAAAAACCUGGUCUGACCGUGUUACUCAUGUGAUCUUCAAAGAUGGCUCACCAACCACGCUCCAGAGGGUUCGCGUCAACAACAAAGACCCUACCGGUAAGAAGAUCUUCUGCGUCAACUCACGCUGGGUGACCGACUGCGAACGCAAUGGCACACGUAUGGAUGAACAAACAGACAUCUACACAGUAGAUCUUGACGAAGUUCCCCGUGGCGGCCGCAGAAGAAGAAAGUCCAUGGAGCCCGCCGCAUUGAGAAAUGUAGACGGUAAUAUCGUGCACAGCAACAACAGCAGUGCCAAUAGCAGUGCCAACAGGAAGAGCAUCAGUUCUCGCCAAAGCAUUGUUGGAGGCCGUCAGAGCAUCAAUCUUGCACGGGCAAACAAAAGUCUGGCGAGAGUCUCUUUGGCGUCGAGCUUCUGGGGUGAAGAUUCACCUGUGAAGAAAACGCCUGGUCGUAAGCAAGCUAGGGAUUCAUGGGAUGACGAUGAGGAUAUGGCGGAUGCGUUUUUUGACGAGCCUACUGGCAAGUUCGAGGUACCCGCUUCUUUGGGAGUCAGUGGUGCAAGUCUUGAGGCAGGACAGAUGACUGCGCCUGUAGAUAGAGUGAGGAAGUUGAGAAUCAGAGAUGAGGACAACAGGCGUUUGACUUUUAUGGGUGGCAGAGAAUGAGGAGGUGGGAUAUUAUGAAGUUAUGAGGUUACUGGUUGAAGGAUAAUGGUGUUUUUGGUCUUCUACUUUUUGCAUUUCUCGUAGGGAAUACCACUUGUUUCAUCAUGUGUAUGUUUACUUCGAUCUUGGUAUGGUG